CCAAUGGCCAAGGCCAAUCCAAAACACCAAGGUUUGCGCCAUUUCCACACGUGCUUCUCUGAAUACUCUUAUGGUUGGUCAUCGUGAUUAGUGUAUUGGAAUUAUAUGAUUGUAAAUUGCGCGUGAAAGUUGUUAAAAGGUGCCCGUAUUCACCAACUUUUGCUAGACUGUGCCUUUCUUCGUGACGAUCGCAUAAGAAGAAAUCUGGCAUGAUGGACGGCGCGAAGACGGCGACGAAGAAUAAGGUUAAGAAACGACUGCCGAAAGCCGUGGUGAAGGCACAAGAAGGAAUUGAUUCGCCGUCGCACGGUAACGAUGCCGUGAAACGAAAGCGGCCGUCUAAGCAAGCUGCGGACGACGACGGUGAGAAGGGCAAGAUGAAUGGUCCAAUCACGAAGAAACGGAAGGUUCAAAAACUUCACUCGAACGCCGUUGCACAGCCGAAAGUUGAUUCCGCAUCCCAGGGUGGCGAUAACGUCAAAACAAACCAGGCUGUCAAGCGGGCCUUCCCUCAAGAAGGUAAGGAAAGUGUCACUACAGGACAGCUGAAGAAACUUAAGCUCAAGCAAAAAAAGAAAACCGACGAAGAGAAACGCGAUGGGGUGAAGCCUGGGGUGCAAGCAAAACAUAAAAAAACGGUACAUAACCCUGAAACAGAGGAUCUAGGUAACAGUGACAAAAUAAAACAACCCGAGCAUAAAAAGAAACCACGGAAACCUGAAAGAGAGAGCCAAGUUAAUAGUGAAAAAACGAAACGGACAAAUCCUAAAUUGCGUACAGAGAAACAAAGGUUUGUACAUAGUGACGGUGCAGCCAGCCAAAGCAACGGUGACAGAACGGAAGAAUUGAAGCCCGAAAUGCAAGCAAACGAGGAAAACCUUGCACGUAGUCCCCAUGAGAAUGAAGAAACCAGCAGCAACAAGACAAAACAAUCUAAACGUAAAAAGCAAGCACAGAAGUCUAAGAGAGAGAGCCAGGUAGAUAGCGAAAAAAUGAAACCGACAAAGCCUAAAUUGCAUAUAAAGAAACAAAGGUUUGUGCGGAGCGACGGCACAGCCUACCAAAGUGACAGUGACAGAACGGAGCAGUUGGAGCCCGAAACGCAAGCAAACGUGCAAACUUUUCCAUGUAGCGCCCACGAGAAUGAAGAAACCAGCAGUGACAAGACAAAAUAUAAAAAGCAAGCACAGAAGCCUGAGAGAGAGAGAGACGUAAAUAGCGCAAAGGCAAAACAGACGAAGGCUAAAAUGCAUUUCAAGAGACAAAGGUUUGUACGAAGCGACGGCACAGCCUACCAAAGUGACAGUGACGGAACGGAGCAGUUGAAGCCCAAAAUGCAAGUAAAUGAGGAGAACUGUACACAUAGCCCCUGUGAGAACGAAGGGACCAGCAGCAACAAGACGAAACAACCUAAGCAUGAACAGCAAACAAGGAAGCCAAAAGUUGCACAUAUCCCUGACAGAGAAGACCAGUGUACCAGUGACAAAACGGGAGAGGUAAACCAUAAAUUCCAUACGAAGAAGCAUGUACAUCCUAAUCCCGAAAUGCAAGCAAACACGGAAAACAUUGCACAUGAGCCCUACGGGAAGGAAGAGACCGGCAGUUACAAAACAAAACUGGCGCGCCCAAGAAGGCAAAAAGGAAGAAAGAAGAUUAUACCAGUCAAGGAACGUGUUGCUUCUAAAGAACCUUCACUGUUGUACCUUCAUGCUUUUGGAACACCUGUAUGGAAGUUUUGCAAGAAGAAACAAUAUUGGCUAAUCGAGAAUGCGUUUGAUGAGGACUCUCUUGGAGAGGAUGACUUCCAGCUCUUCCUGCAGUACAUUGAGAACAUGCGAGGAGUUGCACGUCAGGAACUUCAGGUCUUAGCUAACAACCUUGUAAACAGAUAUUCCUCUUCGAAAGAUGGUGCAUCAGCGAAGCAGUACGAGAGGGCACGAUCUGUUAUACAGAUGUUGGCGGAAUAAUUUGGGCCUCGGUUUUACCUCAUUGAUGUAAUUAUUUCAUAAAGUCAUUCCUCGGUAA